AUGGCACCACCAAGCAUAACGAAAACUUCGACCCCCUUAAACUUAAUGGGCCUCAUCGAUAAUAAGAGUAACUUUCCCUUAUCCAUAAACUUACACGAAUCAAGUUUUCUCGCAAAUGGGCACCCUUUUCUCACCCAAGUCCCUCCAAACAUAACAACCGUCCCUUACCAUUUCAAAUCCAACAACGAUACCAAAAACAAAAACACCACGUCACAAGGUUGCUUCGUUGGGUUCGACGCCACCGAACCCAAAAGCCGCCACGUGGUUCCACUUGGCAAACUAAAAGCCAUCAAAUUCAUGAGCAUAUUCAGGUUCAAGGUUUGGUGGACAACUCACUGGAUUGGAACAAACGGACACGAAUUAGAACACGAAACCCAAAUGUUAAUACUAGACAAAAACAACUCCUUAGGACGACCCUAUGUUUUACUCCUCCCAAUCCUCGAAAACUCUUUCCGAACCUCACUCCAACCCGGUCUCAACGACUACGUGGACAUGUGCGUCGAAAGCGGUUCUACACGUGUCACCGAAUCCCACUUUAAAACAUGUCUUUACAUCCACGUCAGCAACGAUCCAUACCGUUUAGUAAAAGAAGCCGUGAAAGUAAUCCGGGCCCACUUAGGAACUUUCAAGGUUCUCGAAAAGAAAACACCACCGAAUAUUAUUGAGAAAUUCGGUUGGUGCACGUGGGACGCGUUUUACUUGAAGGUACAUCCAAAAGGUGUGUGGGAAGGUGUGAAGGGUCUUAAGGAGGGUGGGUGUCCUCCAGGUUUUGUUAUAAUCGACGAUGGAUGGCAAUCUAUUUGUCAUGACGAGGAUCCAAUUACGGACCAAGAAGGAAUAAACCGAACCUCAGCUGGGGAACAAAUGCCAUGUAGGCUAAUUAAAUUUGAGGAGAAUUAUAAAUUUAGGGAAUAUGAAAGUCCUUAUAAUAAUGGAGGAAAAGGUAUGGGUGGUUUUAUUAGGGAUUUGAAAACAAAGUUUCGGAGUGUGGAGAAUGUUUAUGUUUGGCAUGCGCUUUGUGGGUAUUGGGGUGGGAUUAGACCUAAAGUGGCGGGAAUGCCCGAGGCUAAACUUGUUGCUCCCAAGCUGUCUCCGGGGCUGAAUAUGACAAUGGAGGAUUUAGCGGUGGAUAAGAUUCUUCACAAUGGUGUGGGCCUAGUGCCACCAAAUAAAGUCCAAGAUAUGUAUGAUGGGCUCCACUCUCAUUUGGCAUCGGUGGGAAUUGACGGCGUUAAGGUUGACGUUAUCCAUUUGCUUGAGUUACUCUCAGAGGAAUACGGUGGACGUGUUGAACUUGCUAGAGCUUAUUACAAAGCACUUACAGCAUCAGUGAAGAAACAUUUCAAAGGUAAUGGAGUUAUUGCCAGCAUGGAGCAUUGUAACGAUUUCUUUCUCCUCGGAACAGAAACCAUAUCACUCGGUCGAGUAGGCGAUGAUUUUUGGUGCUCUGAUCCCUCAGGAGACCCAAACGGUACAUAUUGGCUUCAAGGUUGUCACAUGGUACAUUGUGCCUACAACAGUUUAUGGAUGGGAAAUUUUAUUCAACCUGAUUGGGAUAUGUUUCAGUCAACUCACCCUUGUGCCGAAUUUCAUGCUGCUUCUAGAGCCAUUUCUGGUGGACCUAUUUAUGUUAGUGAUUCUGUUGGUAAUCACAACUUCAAGUUGCUUCAAACUCUUGUUUUUCCUGAUGGUUCUAUCUUGCCUUGUCAACAUUAUGCACUUCCUACACGAGAUUGCUUGUUUCAAGACCCUUUACAUGAUGGCAAAACAAUGCUCAAAAUUUGGAAUCUCAACAAAUACACAGGUGUUUUGGGUUUAUUCAAUUGCCAAGGUGGUGGGUGGUGUCCUGUGACACGGCGAAACAAGAGUGCGUCUGAAUUUUCACACACAGUGACAUGUUCUGCAAGUCCUAAAGACAUUGAAUGGUGCAAUGGAAAAACUCCAAUGUCCAUGAAAGGUGUGGAUGUGUUUGCUGUGUAUUUGUUCAAGGAGAACAAACUGAAGCUCAUGAAGUGUUCCGAUAAACUGGAGGUUUCGCUCGAGCCGUUUAGUUUUGAGCUGAUGACAGUGUCUCCAGUGAGAGUUUUUUCCAAGAGGUUAAUUCAGUUUGCUCCAAUUGGGCUAGUGAACAUGCUUAAUUCUGGUGGUGCUGUUCAGUCUGUGGAGUUUGAAGAUGAUGCAAGUUUGGCUAAAAUUGGGGUGAAGGGUUGUGGGAAGAUGAAAGUGUUUGCAUCAGAGAAGCCACUUUGUUGCAAAAUAGAUGGGGUGGCUGUGGAAUUUGAUUAUGAGGACAAAAUGGUGAAAGUACAAAUUCCUUGGCCUGGUUCUUCAAGAUUGUCUUUGGUUGAGUUUUUAUUUUGAUCCCUUAUAAAGUUCAAUUGGGAUCCUAUGCAAUAUGUAUCUCUGUUUUAAAGUGAAUAAAACUAAUGUAUAUAUUUAAUUUUUAAUC